ACAACACUACCCCCACCUCUCCAGGUUUCUUUAGGAUGCUACCACUGCUAGUGGUACAAGAAGGCAGAAUCACAAUAGAGGUGCUGUUUUAUCUUGAGGGGAGACAAUGUCUGUCUCAGUUCCACCUUAUCAUAAAUGGACUGGUCAACAUUUCUCUCAACGUCACCAGUUCUGACAGACAGAGAGGGGAGUUGACCUACGAUCUCUCUACCUACACGACUCCAGAGGGUGUAUGCAGUGUGAGUGGUGAGAUCUAUGGCACCAAUGAUUUUGGAGAUAGCACACCAGUAGAUAUCCAACUGCCAGAAGAAUGUCAAUCAAUGAGGCAAGACCUAUUUACACCCUCAACAGCUAUAAAGACACUGAUAUCAACACCCACCAUCACCUUAUCGAAACCACCUGAUGUUGUUCCUAUUUAUAUUAUAGCAGUGUCUAUGCCAAUGAUGGUACUUGCAGUUGCAACCUGUCUUUUUAUCAUUUUUAUUGCCAUGAAAUGCAGAGGUAAAAAGAGUGUGGUGACAGAGGAUGUCUCACUGCAGAAAAAUGAGGCAUACUGUACAGUCACUACCAGAGUUCCAAUGAAGAGAAAUGAGGCAUAUGAGACAGUACUAAGAGCCAACGAGGACAGUGAAAGUGGCUACGAGAUU